AUGCUCGGCCAGGCGCGGGCAAUGGGGCUGGGCAUCGCAUGGGACUACCACAUCAGAGGGAAGAAAUCGAAGAGAGGCGCCUGGAAGCCUUCGCGGUGGGGUGGGACGCAGAUGGACCGGCACGAUGGCCGCGGUUCCCGCAACGUUCUCGAUCAGGCCUUACGAACGGCGAGCCGAGGGCCCGCGCCAACCUCCGAUGCAAUGCGCAGUUGGGUAUCCAUCGAAAAUCAUGGUGGCGUCUCCAUACUUGCCGCUGGUCAGAGAUUUGACGAGCAGGAUGGGUCCAGGCAAAGGCGAGACAGUAAAAAAUGGGAAUAUAAACCAUUGUUGCUUCCUCCGACCCUGAAAGCCUCCACAAAGAGAUUAUCACCCUCUCCUGCACCUUUCUAUCGCAGUCCGCAGGGCCUUGACAGCUGGCUCCGAGCUGGUAUGGAUCCAACAUGCGACCUGGAGAAAGGCUCUGCGCCGCCUCGGCCGACUUCCUCCCUCAGCCAGAGUGUCAACCGCGAGGCCUACCACUCGGAUUCUGUCUCAAGUACAGAGGCCCCAUCGGUUUCGUCAUCCCAAGAUGCGUUCGACUGUUUGUUUCAAGUUCAGACCGUUCAAUCCCAUCAUGGUGCCGGACUCGAACGGCACCCGACGGCACUGGAACGCAUUGCGACCCAAAGAAGCCAACACAACGCGACAGUAGGUGCUGGACGGAAACAGAAAUGGGAAGAGGCUGGACCCCUUCCUGACUUUGGGGCUGGCAAGCCCUAUCCGGCCCCGUUACCUGACAAAGAGGAGUAUGUCGUCGAGUUUGCGGGACGAGAUGAUCCGCUGCACCCGCAGAAUUGGCCGACGAGCAAGAAGUUGUUGACGGCCACGAUCCUGUCAUUUACGACCCUCAAUUCCACGUUUACCAGCAGCAUCUACUCCGCCGCCAUUUCCGCUGUGGGAACCGAAUACAACGUCUCCAACGAGGUCAGCACUCUGGGCCUGUCGUUGUACGUCCUCGGCUUUGCAACGGGCCCCGUUCUGUGGGCCCCCUUCUCCGAACUCAAAGGUCGACGCCUGCCCCUUCUCCUCUCUAUAUUCGGCUUCACAAUCUUUCAAUUCGCCGUCGCAACGGCCCAGAACAUCCAAACCAUUAUGCUGUGCCGCUUCUUCGGCGGAUUUUUCGGCGCAUGCCCAAUCGCGGUCGUGGCCGCUGUUCUCGCCGACAUCUAUGAUAACCGUGUCCGCGGCCUUGCGAUCACCGUCUUUGCCAUGGCAGUCUUCACAGGGCCCCUCAUCGCUUCUACCGUGAGUGGGUUCAUUGUGCAGAACUUGGGCUGGCGCUGGACCGAAUACAUCACCGGGAUCAUGGGAGCAUCAGCUCUCUUGAUUGAUCUCGUUUUGCUGCAGGAGACCUAUCCACCGAUUAUUCUCGUGCAGAAAGCGGCCGAGCUGCGCCGACGCACACAAAACUGGGGCAUCCACGCCAAACAGGAAGAGAUUGAGGUGGAUUACCGCCAACUGAUUCGAAAGAACCUACUGCGACCUGUCAAGAUUCUCUUUCUCGAGCCGAUUGUUCUGCUGCUCAGUAUCUACAUGGCGUUUCUAUACGGCCUUCUAUAUCUCUUCCUGACGGCAUACCCUAUUGUUUUCCAAAGGAUUCACGGCUUCCACCCAGGGGUCGGCGGUCUUCCAUACUGGGGCCUCGUCAUCGGGGAAUGUCUCGGGGGAGUGUAUAUUAUCCUCACCCAGCCCUCGUAUAACCGCAAGCUGGUGGCCAACAAUGAUAUCCCCGUCCCGGAGUGGCGUAUGCCUCCAGCCAUUGUGGGCAGUGUUGCCUUUGCUGGAGGCCUGUUUUGGUUCGGCUGGUCAGGCUGGAAGGCCGAGAUUCACUGGGCCGUGCCGAUGACGUCUGGGCUUCUCAUCGGAUUCGGCCUGUUUUGCAUCUUCUUGCAGUCGCUGAACUAUAUCCUGGAUGCAUAUACAUCCUUCGCUGCCUCAGCCCUGGCAGCUAAUAGCAUCCUCCGCUCUUCCGCUGGUGCGGGCUUCCCGCUAUUUGCCACCUAUAUGUUCAACUCCCUAGGCGUCAAUUGGGCGAGUACCUUGCUCGGCUGUGUGGCGGUCCUUUUAGUUCCCCUGCCUAUCAUCUUCUACGCCUACGGCCCGAAGAUCCGCGCGAAGAGCACGUUCGCGACCGAUCACGCGCUGGCUGCAGGCAUCGAAGAUGAGCGGGAGAAAUAA